UCGGGCACACUCAAAACACAACCCCCGAAUAAAAAUAAUAAUAAACACAAAAUUCGAUGAGUGAAAAAUGGUAAAGAAGGCGCAAGUGAAGCGGAGGCCAUGGGUGAAGAACCUGUACUCGAACCGGGAAUACCCGGACAACUACACGGACCCCAGUUUCCUCAAGGAUCUGCGCACAAACCUGCAUGUCCGGAUUUACACGUAUCGCGAAGCAGUAGCCGGCAUCACGGUGCUCAACAACCAGAUCUCCUGCAUCACCGGCUUCCUGAUACUCUACCAGCUACUGCUCAGCGACAGCGUCGCACCCACCACGAUCCUGGUACCCAGUUGCGGGGUGACGGGGCUCGGCUACCUCUUCUACCGGGGCAGAAGUCUGAGCUGGGCUCUGCUGGGUGAGGACUCAAAGACCCUGGUCACGGUGGUUCUAUUCGGGUACCUUUUCUCGCCAAUGCUGCACACCCUAACGCAGGCCAUCAGUACGGAUACCAUCUACACGAUGACCUUCUUCGUCCUGCUGGCCAACCUGAUGUUCAGUCACUAUGGACUGGAUGUGGCCAUGGUCUCGAAGGCAAUUUCUCUGAAUGCUGCCAUAUUUGGAGCCAUUUGCCUGGCCUCCCGCCUGCCGAGUUCCUAUCACGCCUUUGUGCUCCUCGUCGAGGCUGCCGUGUUUUUUGUACUGUAUCCCAUCAUCACGGAGGCCAAGUGGCGGGCUCAAUGCAUGGUGCCCAUCUUUAGUAUAUGCUGCUUGGCCCUGUACUGGAUAUCGCAUCCUGUGCUCUACCUCUACGCCACAACCACGAUCUUCAUUAACUUUGUGUGCCCGCUGAUAUUCGUGUGGCAGCAGCGAUUCAAGUUCAACAUCCACGGGCCCUGGGAUGAGGCGAUCGUGGAGGAGAACACCGAUGAGAACCUGGAUGCGAACUUAUAGCAGCAACUUCGCUUCUCAGAGCAGCUGCAGCCACCUGGCCAGUCAGGUGGCGGCGAUGUCGGGGAGCACAGUCACUAAUCACCAGUCUUUGCACGUUUUCUAUGUUUUGUUAAUAACUUGAGAUUUCAUUCCAAGCAAUCUUAUUGCAUUUUAUGUAGUUUCUUUAGUUUGUAGGUAGGCUUUUAAUAAAUUAUUCUUUUUUUUAGGAAAAUAAAGAUAAAGAAUUUCAUGAAUGCAAA